AUGAGGCUGUUUGUGGCCGCAAUCGUCGCCGUGCUGGCGCUCACGGUCGCGGCCCGACAAGUAGGAUCCGUGCCCGGUUGUCCAGAUCUGGAUGUGCUAGAGGCCGAAGUCGAUACAAGCGCCGAUUUUCUGAAUAAUUUGCUAUUAUGUUUUUGCAAGGUGAAAGACAAAGGCAAGGUCGACAUAUCUUGUCUUUAUGGCUCUAGCCUAGAACAUCUAGACAAAGCUACCGAGGCGGUGAAAAAAGCAAAUCUUACCACCAAUAAGAUUAGUUUUCAACACACUGAAUUCGCUGACUCCGGUUUACCGUCAUUCGCUCAGUUAGCACCUGCACUGACAAGCCUUGAAAUCCGCGAAUGCACGAAUUUCGAACCGCUAAUCGUGCCGGAAAAUACAUUCAACGGAUUAGAAACUAUACUGAAGAAUCUUACCAUCGAUUCUUGUAGCCUAAAGGAAAUUCCAGCCGCCGUAACAAAUUUGAAUCAACUUGAAACACUUGUUUUGUCGAAUAAUAAAAUUGAACACGUUCAUGCGCCGAGGCUCAGCAACAAAAAAGAGGUGAGUGAAAUCAUACUGUUAAUCACUCAGUCAUUCUUAUGA